CGUAUUUUCUCAACUGCAUAACAAAAGAGUUCGUCGAUCGGUGUAGACGUGUGCGCGAAAUCGGGGAAUAGAUGUGAAGCUUUGUCGGAGAUCGGUUGAGGAAUCAAUAUUUUACAUCAAAAGUGGUCCAUGAAUAUAUAUUUUGGAAUGAUGCAGCAAAUUGGUGAAACAAGUGCUUGGAAUAUCACACAAUGAAAAUAUCGGUGACAAGUGUUAAUUGAUUAGAAGAUAUUUGAGUGGUAUAGUGCUGAUGAAAUAUAUGAAGCUUUAUUUAUGAUAUAUGGAAAAUGAGUUCUUUUCUGAUGGGUUAUCCACACCACUUUCAAUCAAUGGGUAUCAAUAUUGAGCCAAAGUUUCCGCCAAGUGACGAAUAUAGUUUCCACAAUGGAUAUAAUAAUGUUAAUGGCAUAACGCAGAACGGAAAUGAAUACUUACACCAUCCGGCAAGUGAACUUACUCAACAUAAUUCUGGAUCCAACAAUGGUAAUAACUACAAUAGUUAUUCGCAUGGUAUGAGUGGACAUUAUUACCACCAUCACCAUCAUCACCACCAUCACAAUGGAUACGCGUCUCCUGUGCAAAUGCAUCCGUCAGCCUCCAUACCCACGACAGCAGCAGUUGUACAGCCUUCGACACCAACCAGCAGCUCAACACCAAAUGAAAGUAAUGGAUACGUGUCAAAUGCAUACUAUCCUUCAUACUACAACGGUAGUGGACAUCAACCUCUAAUGGAUGUUCCGCUGCAGUGCCCUGGAAGUGAAGUUAGCAAUACAGCUUUAGGUUUACAAGAAUUAGGUUUGAAAUUGGAUAGACGGAUAGAGGAAGCAGUACCUGCUGGACAGCAACUGCAAGAACUAGGAAUGAGACUGAGAUGUGACGAUCUUGGAUCUGAUCAGGAAGAAUACCUAGAUGAAGAACAAAUGAUGAUGGAUAGGUCACCUGACGAAACAGAAUCCAACGAUGGAGAACUGGACGAACUGGAUUCCGAUAAUGAUCUUGGUGAUGAUAUGAUGAAUACCACUAGUGAUGGGGAACGAAUUAUUUACCCGUGGAUGAAAAAAAUUCACGUGGCUGGUGUUGCAAAUGGCUCAUACCAACCAGGCAUGGAACCGAAACGCCAACGUACAGCCUAUACCAGACAUCAAAUUUUAGAACUAGAGAAGGAGUUCCAUUACAACCGCUAUCUCACGCGCCGACGGAGGAUAGAAAUAGCCCACACAUUGGUACUGUCAGAGCGACAGAUUAAAAUAUGGUUUCAAAAUCGUCGGAUGAAGUGGAAAAAAGAUAACAAACUACCCAAUACGAAAAACGUAAGAAAGAAAAGCGGCGAUCAAGGUAAAAACAACGCCGCAUCCAACGCGACAUGCGGUCCAGGGAAAAAGGGUCGCAAAACAAGCUCGUCAAGUUUAUCAAACGCGAAGAAGCAAAUGAGUCUUCAAAGUGAAUGUCUUCGUACUGAGAGCCUUGAAAGCAUGACGGACAUUCAUAACUCAUUGAAUGGAAGUAAUCUGGGCUCAGUUCCUUACAUUUCUGCAUCGGACGUAACCGGUGUGCUGCCUGCGAAUUCCAACAACAAUAAUAUCAACCAAGAGUCGUCGUCUCAUGGUCAACAACAUCAACAGCCAGCAGCACCACCUAUAAUGAAUAGCUCGGCUACUUCUAAUAAUGUAAAUAGCACUGUGGCCCAUUCCGUUAGUAUUAAGCACGACUACGAUCUCACUACCCUUUAGAAGACUUUGCACUCUAGUUUAUGGCUUUUAUCCACCGAAAGUAGACGAAGAAAACUCAAAAGUGUAAUUUAACUUUAUUGAUUUAAUUAAAUUCUAAAUCCAAAAUUAUUGUUCGUUAGAACAUUUGUAAAAUAUUGACAUUACGACUUUGGGUCAUAUUGUCACUACCAUGAGUCAAUCCAUUGAAAAUGUAUCGUCAUAUGAAAAUGACUUACAUAAGUGGGUAAACCAUGCUUGUGGAGCCAGUGUGUAUGAUGAAGUUGCAUUUGAUUUGAAAAUAACAAAUGGCAUAUAAGUUCAAAUGAGUUUGGUUGUAACAAAUAAAUAACUAAUAAAUGGUCAUAGUAAAACCAACAUAAUAAAGACACAUAUUUUUAAUUGAAUUUAAUAUUUAUUGAUCUAUCAGAUGCCAUUUCAAUGUAAGUAUAAUUAAUAAUGAAUUCGGAUGAAACAGUGAUUUAGAGUUAAGAUGCAAACAAUGUAAACACCUGUACAAAACGUAGAAUAUAAUAUUUGUAAGUUAAUAUUUUGUAUCCCACAAUGUCACCAACACAGAUUUUUGUGCCAUUGUAUUCAUUUGUAUUUUCAUACAACUGAUUUUAUUUGCCAUGUUUGACAUAUUAUACGCUAGAACCGAAAAAACAGAUUGUGUGUAAAAUAAAAAAUACAACGUAGAUGUAAGCAUAUUAAAAUAAAAAUACAAGAUUUUUAUUA